AUGUGGACUAAGGGAGUUGCUCGGCUCCGGCAGAUUCCCGUGCUAAGUUGGGAGUUACGGCUGUUACUGCGGAGCACGCAGCCGGGCUGUGGGGAGGGCGCCCGGGGAGGCGCGGACCCGGUCUCAAGCUCCAGGCUCUUCUCUCCUCUGACUCACCUCGGCAUCACCAUGGAGCCCAACAGCCCUAAAAAAAUACAGUUUGCUGUGCCACCGUUUCAGAGUCAAAUAGAUCCCGAGGCAGCUGAGCAGAUCAGGAAAAGAAGGCCUACACCAGCAUCGCUCGUCAUCAUGAAUGAACACGUGCCCCCAGAAAAAGAUGAGAAGAGAACAAACAUCUCGCAGGCAGAGUCCCAGAGCGCCUCUCCCAAGCAAAGGAAGCAGAGCGUCUUCACCCCGCCUGCCCUCAAAGGGAUUAAGCAUCUGAAGAGUCAGAGUGACUCAGCGUUUCCAGAGGAAGAAGAGGGAGUCAGUGAAAGGGAAGAGGAGUGGGGCCAUUAAACAGCGCGGAGCUGCCUGGAGCCCCGUCACAGAGAGUAACUGAACUGCGCAGCCGUGCGUGCGUCAGGCCAUUCGCCACCGCUUGUGUCCCCGCACCGCAGCGCUCGGCGUGCCGGCGGCGCCGGGGCUCCCCGGGGAGCGCCCUUGGCUGGGUUUUACAGCCACCUGCAAAUGUGUUCUGUGAUCCUUAUACCCGAAGAUAAACCUGUUAUUUUAAAGUCAUUUUUUGUUCAUUUUCUAUGACUUAGAAUCGUAAUUUGUGAACGUGUUAGUGACCUGACAUCAGUACUGCCAGAGCUUAACUACUGUGUGAGCUGUACUCUAAGGCCUGUUGUAAAUAAAACUGAUUUAAAAGCUACAAAAUAAAUAAUAUGUUCAUUUAGACAAGAUUGUAUAUUGUACAGUGGGUUCGUCUAGCGUGCAGAGAAAUGUUCAUAUAAACUGAUCCUUUCAGUUAAGGGCAGCUUUUACCAGUAUUGUUAGAGUUACUCGCAGUAAUGCAGAUAGAAACAAAGUAAGCAGAGGUGACUCUUAGUCUAAAGAAGGACGCAAAGACGCUCUUCCCCGUGUUCCCUGGAUAUGCGAUGCUUAAAGUACUUCUUUUGCUUGUCGUCUGAGGCUGCCUAGUCACAUCAGCCAAAAUGAUUUGGUUUUACACAAGACCAUUGUUGUCUGGAGGCAUCAGGAAAAGUUUCGAUGUGGGACUCAGGGGAAACAGAGGAGCGUGUGAGACCCGUGAGCAGGGUCCCACGCACCAGCUGAGCCGCGGGAAAUGCCGAGGCUCACCUCCGUCACCUGCAGCGAGCGCAGGGUACAGCCUUCUCUGAGAAAGAGGGCCAGACUACUCUGCCCUCGUCGCAGUUUCAGCCGGUCAAUGCUGGCGUAGCAAGCUGCGGUGAUUUAGCAUGUGUCUGAGCCCCAGAGCUUUGGUUUGAAGCUUGGCAUGGUUCGCACCAACAUUUUCAUUUGUUAGACCAUGCAAAAUACGGCAUGACGUGAAAUAAUGUGCAGAAGGAAAACCAUGUUUCUUCAAAGUCACACUUGAUAGAUCAUUUUGGUUUUUACCAAUGGCCAAUUUUUAAACCAAUUCACUGUUGUUUCAUAUUAACUGUUUGCCUUUGAUACAAAGUUUUACUCUCAGUUUAACUGUCCACUGCUUUAAGUCUCUUUUAAAGGGCUGAGCUAGCAAAAAAAAAAAAAAAAAAAAGAUUAAGUGUAUGACAACACAGAGCCUUCUGUCUAUGCCUUGGUGAUUUCACUCUCAAUCCGAGGUCUUCCACGAAGACCUGCUGAGAACAGGAUCUGUCAACAAGUGUUUCUUUGUAUUUGGGAGCCAUCUUUUUGCUCUCCAUCGGUAUCUCUGUGUCUGUCCUCUUUGUUGCCAUUUUCUGCAGAAACGCUGCAAGCAGGAUCCAUGACUCCAGCUCAGCAUGGGUAUGCAAGAAGGACUAAAAGAAAGACCCUUCAGUUGUACAGAAGCAGCUACAGGACUUUUGGGACUGAGGGCUUUUUAACGUCGCAAACAACAAAAAGAAGGAAGUGACCCUUCAGAAACCAUCUGAAUGGACCAAAGUUAAGACUGGAACGGUAGCAAGAAGAGCUGGGCUCUGGUCCCAGCUUUGCUACAGCUUUGCUUUUGCACAGCGCUGGGCUCUUCACAUAGUCGCUCGUUACCACAGUACUCCCAGUUGUAAAACAGUCAUCGGUGUUUAACCUCGCACCAUCUAUCUGUAUUGCUAGC